AAGUGAACAUUGAUGCAAUUUUGAAGAAUAUAGAAAGUAACAGGACACUAACAACAAAUCAACAAGCCUCAACUGAACGCUUUAAAUCCACAUUAUAUAAAAAUACGACUUCUUCUCUUGCUUCGAGCAGUAAUAAUAACCUUAGCAUGGAUAAAUCAAAGCAACAAAGCAAGGAACUGUUAAGUCAUACAUUCCCAACAAAGAAACCACAGUGGCCACCAGCACCUAUACAGCCUCCAAAGAAAGUUCAAACCGUUUCACCAAAGCCAGACCAACAGCAAGAUCAACAACAGCAUUCUAAUAUAUUGGUACCAUCACAGACUUCAGAGGCUUCAGCAUCCACAUCUGGCACGGUCAGCCAACCAUCCAAACCACUUAUUCAAACAACAAAGCUGCCUGCUCAACAGACAUCGAUCCAAACACAAGUGCCAGCAGAGACACCCAAGGCUGUUCAGCAAGUAUCAAUGCCUGCUCCACAGCCUCCUAAACCUACCCAAGGAAAACAUCCCGAGGUACCCAAAUCCAUUCAACAGCAGGUUACUUCACAACCUCCCAAGCCUGUCCAGCAACAGCAACCUAUGUCACCCAAACCUAUUCAGGUGCCUGCUCCACAACCUCCUAAGCCUGUCCAGCUUACUCCACAGCCACUCAAACCUGUCCAGCAACAACAGGCUACUCCACCCAAGCUCGUCCUUCAACAACAACAAUCUAUGCCACCCAGGCCUAUCUUUCAACAACAGCCUAGUGCACAGUUACCCGGCUUUGCUCUCAGCUCAUCCAGACCACUUCAAUAUAAAUUUGCUCAACAAGAACCCAAGCACAAGCUUAAUCAGCAAACUCCAAAGUUUCAUCAACCAACAUCAUCUCCUUCUUUCACACCUGUGCCUCCUCCUCCACCACCACCUCCAAAACAAUAUCCAAGACCUCAUCCUGCACCCAUGUACCCACAACAACAGCUGCAGCCCCGCUUAUCUCCCCAGAGACAGGAUCAGCCCAAGAUUAGCAUCAUCAAUGAAGCUAGAGAUCCUCGGUUGAAAACAAUAGUAGGAAGAGACCCAAGAAUUAAAAAACAACAGCAAUCAGAUCCAAAGCAAAGUCCAGAGGCGAAUGGAGAACUACUACAACACAAAGAUCUCGAGAUGGAUGUUGUCUUGUUUAAAGGAGAUAAAGAAAUUGCACCCAUCACAUUGAAGCGAAAGCAGAAAUGUUAUCAUCGAGAUAAAAUCAUACAACUCAUCAACGCACAAGCAAAAGGUCCUAAUCAGCUUCAUAUUAUUUCUUACCUUCCGCUUCGAGCCUUGAAUGAGAUCAUCCAUAAUCGUUGUAUCACGUUGAUAGACAUUCUGAUGACUAAAUCACUGGUGAGCUUUGGUAAGUUAAGAAGCUUCUUGCAAGUAAACGAGAUUGUAAGUGCACGGAUAUACAAAUAAACAAAAAAUAACACAAUGAUAGGCUGGUCUCGCAUACGAUACAAACGACACCAAGGAUAUUCUCGUGCUAUUACCCGUAAUUGAUCUCCACAAGUUGACCAAUGUACCAUCAGACCAUGGUUUAAUGAACUAUUACCACCAACUAUGUGCCAUCUACAUUGAAGGUGUUCCUGAAAAGCCAAAGGUUAUAGAAGGACUUUCAGGAGUAGGUCCAUUGACGAGUCGAGACUAUACAAUGCUCGAAUGGGAAUUGGCAGCUGUCUACUUGCGCUUC